CACAUAAUUUAUGAUUUAAAUGGUAUUAGGGGCCAGCGAACAGAGGGAGUUUAAAGACAAAGUCCACACAGAGACAGAAAAUAUUUGGAUAACAUCCGGCUUGCAACAUAGACUCAGAGGCCAAAAAAAGGAUUGUAGAUUUGGAAAAUACAUGAAGUUUAUAUCAGAGGCUGUUUAAUAAGGGACAAAUUUUAAAAAGCAAUUGGUAUUAGUGAUUAGCAGGGAGCUCUGGAAAUCUGAGGCAUGGGAGUCCGAAAAAUUAAGUAUAAUUGGCUAUAAUUGGAAUGUUUUCUUUAAUUGGAAUUGUAUAAUUAAUUUGGAUGUCUAAUAUAAAAUGUAAUUGGGAAUCAUUUCAAUGUGAUUUGAUGUGUUUUAAUUGGAAAAUUUAAUAAAAAUAAUUUUGAAGUCUUUGCGCCAACUGUGAGGUACAGCAGCGUAAGAAUGCUUUUGAGCAUUGCAGCCGCCAAGCAAAUGGAAAUGAGGCACAUUGACAUUGCAAGUGCCUUUCUUCAGGGUGAAAUUUCAGAGGUUUUAUGAAACCACAUGAGGGACAUUUAGUGAGCAAACUGCAAAAGGGACUUCAUGGACUUGAUGCUAGAGCCUGGAAUCAGAAAUGGACCAUUUAUUUUUCAUACAUUUUAGCUUUUGCUGAUGACUCGAUUCUUGCCACAGCAAAUGAAAGAGACUAUGCACAGAUUGUGAAACACCUAAGUAAAGAAGUUGAGGUCAAGGAACUGGGAAAGAUCCAGAACUACCUCGGAAUCCAAGUUGAAAGAAAAGAAGAUGGGUCAUUUAUUCCAAAUCAACGGCAGAAGAUCCUUAUCCAGAAUUUGCAAAUGCAAGAUGCACUCCCAGUUGCAACGCCCAUGGCUACUGACUUCUUAAAGAAUCAGCAGGAUUUGAAACCAUUACCUGACAACAUAGAAUCCAGGAGAUUAAUCAGGAUCCUUUGAUUUUACCCAACAUCACCUUGGGCUACAACCUCUUUGAAACCUAUUUUGAUGGCAGAGUGGUUUCCAGAGCAGUGCUGGACGGGCAUUCUGGUGGGGGAAAGAAUGUUCCAAACUACAGCUGUGGAAGACGCAAGAACCUCUUGGCUGUUAUUGAAGGGGCUGAAUCGGACAUUUCUACCCAUGUUUCUAGCAUGUUGGGCAUCUACAAAAUCCCACAGGUGAGUUAUGGCUUUGCUCUCCAUGAUAAAACUCAGUUCCCUUUUGCCUAUCGGAUGAUCCCAAAGGAGAAAACCCAGAACCUGGGGAUUGUCCAACUCCUCCUGCAUUUUGGAUGGACGUGGAUUGGAAUCUUUGCUCCAGACAAUUAUAAUGGAGAAAGAUUCAUCAGUUCCAUAACACCUCUGAUGCUCAUCAAUGGAAUUUGUGUUGCCUUCUCAGAAAAAAUAGUUUAUCAGAAUCUAUACCAAAUCGCCAUGCUGAAUGAACCACCUGUCAUGUGGAGAAAAGUCAAUGUAUUUGUCUACAGUGGAGACUCUUCCAAUACUUUUGGCAUCAUCAUUAGGGUCCAAAGGAUACUUGAAAAGAUACAACCUGGGGGAAAAGUUUGGAUCACAACAGCCUUUCCGGACAUCAACAUGAACUUGUCUCAUGAUAUGAAUACUUUCAUGUACACCCAUGGUUCUUUGUCCUUCAUAAUGAAGACUAGAAAACGGAUAAAAUAUGACUACUAUAAGCCACGGUCUGACACAACACUAUCGUUCUGGGGCAAAUCAUUUCACUGUUUAUGUCCAGAGAAUGUGUUGCCCAUGAAAGGCUGGACAAGAUGCACAGAGAAAGAGAAACUGGUGAUUCUCUCCCAAGAGGAGACUGAAAGGGCCCUGUCUCAAGACAGCUACGUUACUUAUAGCAGCAUCCAAACUGUGGCACUUGCCUUAAGUUCUGCAUAUUCUUCCAUAUCCAAACAGAUGUUGAUGGUGGGUGGAGGAGACAGUUUGAGGCUUCUAAGACUGCAGCCAUGGCAGGUACAGUAUUCUCCUUUUGCAACAUGAUGGUGCCUCCUCACAGAUCAGUCUUAUGUGCUCUUCUUUUUAACUUGUUCACAAAUCAUCUAGAGUUGUGCGUGAAAAGUGAGGAAGCUAAAUGUACUGAUGAUACCCAAUUGUUCUGGGUGGUUAAGAGUAAGAGGGGUUGAGAAGAGGCUCCAAAAAGAAUCUUUUUCCAAAUGGAAUGAACGGGCAGAAAAAUGGCAAAUUCAAUUCAUUCUAAGCAAGUAGAAAAAUAUGUGUAUUAUGAGAAUGGUAUUAAGAUCAUGGCCACUGGUCCCAUCACCUCCUGGCAAAUAGAAGGGGAAGAAAUGGAGGCAGUGAGAGAUUUUACUUUCUUAGGCUCCUUGAUCACUGCAGAUGGUGACAGCAGUCACGAAAUUAAAAGACGCCUGCUUCUUGGGAGAAAAGCAAUGACAAACCUAGACAGCAUCUUAAAAAGCAGAGACAUCAUCUUGCCAACAAAGGUCCGUAUAGUUAAAGCUAUGGUUUUCCCAGUAGUGAUGUAUGGAAGUGAGAGCUGGACCAUAAAGAAGGCUGAUCGCCGAAGAAUUGAUGCUUUUGAACUAUGGUGCUGGAGGAGACUCUUGAGAGUCCCAUGGACUGCAAG